CACCAACCAAUCGACUACUACACAAAUCGUGUGCGUGCAUCAAGUAAAAUCAAACGUGUGCAACACAAUUCGCAAGCAAACCGCAUAUAUCCCCUGUAAAAUCGACGCGUUAGCAAACAUGAAAUAUCUGAUCCUGCUCAGCUUGAUCGCCGCUGCCAGCGCUGCUCCUGGAUAUUUGGGUUUGGGUCAUGGAUCGUAUGCGGCGCCAUCUAUUAGUUACGCAGCACCGGCCAUCAGCUAUGCCCCAGCACCUGUCGUUAAGGCAUAUGCCGCUCCCGCUGUAGUUGCUGCGCCAGCUGUAGUGAAAGCAGCACCAGCCGCCACCAGCUACUCCACCUUCAGCCAGGUCAUUCAACAUGCUGCACCAGCCGUCGUUAAGGUAGCCGCCCCAGUUGCCGUUGCGGCUCCGGCCCCAGUUGCAGUUGCGGCUCCAGUCGUCAAAUACGCUGCACCAGCCAUUUCUUACGCCGCACCAUCCAUCUCUAUUGCAGCACCAGCCAUUAAAUAUGCCGCGCCCGCAGUCUCAUAUGCCGCUCCUGCAGUCUCGUACGCUGCUGCUCCUGCAGUCUCGUAUGCCGCAGCUCCUUCAAUCUCGUACGCCUCUGCGCCGUCAAUCUCGUACGCCUCCGCACCUUCCAUUGUGAAAUAUGCUGCACCAGCACUCGAUCUGGGACACUACGGUGGCUAUGGACAUUUCGGACACUAAAUCAGCAACAAUUAGUGGGAAGCAACAAAACAAAAAAUAUCAGAAUAACUCAAACGGAAAUAAAGGCAAGACAACAACUUCAUCGUAGUGGAGUUGAAAGUUUAUAUAACUGUUACAAGGACAUAAGGAUUAAAUAUUUAAUAAUUUGGUGAAGGUCUGCCUGCCGGUGGCCAACGCGCCUUACGAAUUUGCUUUUUGUUUUGGUAGUCACUAAAUGGUUUACUAGGAAUUUCUACGAUCUAAGGAUCUAAAUAAUAUUUUUCCCCACAAAGGGAAUUUGCCUUAUUUUACAAUGCAUUUUUAUUGAUGAAUUUUUCCCCUUACAAAUGUGUCGACAACAAGAACAAUAACAACAAGAGUGUUCGUCAAUACAACAAUAAUAUAAUAAUAACAACAACAAGAACAGCAAGAACAACAAGAACGACAGCAAGCAGCCGCACGAUACAGAGAUGAGGAGAGAGAGCAGUGGAAGAGUGGAGGAGUAGAAGAAAACUCACUGUUGAUCGCCCUCAACAAUGUUUGAUCUCUUCCCCAUUUGCAUUAAUCUCUAUUUCAAAUGUAUUUAACUAAAUAAAUAAUAAUUGUUUGAAUAAAAUAAUCACUAUGGCAAAGCAGAAAUGAAGUUCACGAUGGCAAGGCUCAUGAAAGUUACAAUAUAGAAAAGAAAAUGGCGUCAUUGAAUGUUCAAAAUGGCGCUGUUGAGGAAUGUGGUGCAUGCAUACAAUAGAAUUCGGAAUGUGCCAGUUUAAAGUGUUAAUGAGAAUAUUUUAACAUACAUAGA